GCCUUAUCCAUGGCUGUUCGUCCAGCUCCAAUUGGUUUACGUUACUUAUCAACUCCUGUUGAACCAAAACAAAAGGCCAAUUCCAUCAUUGAUGCCUUACCAGGUAACAACUACUUAUCUAAGACUGGUUUCUUAGCCACUUCUACUGCCGCUGCUAUCUACGGUAUCUCUAACGAAAUCUUGGUUAUCCAUGAUGAAACCAUCUUACUUGUUACUUUUGCUGCUUUCUCUGCUUUAGCUGCCAAAUUCGUUGCUCCUCUUUACACUGAAUGGGCCGAUGGUGAAAUCAAAAAAGUUAACGAUUUAUUAAACGAAUCUCGUACUAAACACGUUACUGCAGUUAAAGACAGAAUUGAAUCAGUUUCUCAAUUAAAAGAUGUUGUUUCUACCACUCAACAAUUAUUUGCUGUUUCUAGAGAAACCGCUGAAUUAGAAGCUAAAGCUUUUGAAUUGAAACAACAAAUUGCUGUUGCUCAAGAAGCCAGAGCUACCUUAGACUCUUGGGUUAGAUUUGAACAACAACAAAGAGAAAUUGAACAACAACAAUUAAUCAAAUCUGUUUUGGAAAAAGUUAACAAAGAAAUUGAAAACCCUAAAUUCCAAGACAGAGUUUUAGCUGAAUCUGUUGCUGAAGUUGAAAAAUUAUUCGCUAAAGCUUAAAUGAUUUCAACUACAACAACAAUCAAAAAGAAAAGUUUUAACUGAUC